AUGUCUACGUCCCAUGAUUUGCACUGUAUGAGUGUGAUCAUAAGACUACACCCCCAGGAACGGGAGACUGGAAGAGGGGGUAUUAGACCAGAAGAAGAUCCUGCUGAUUAUAUUCCAUCUCGAGUCAUAACACAGGUCAUUCUUGAUUACGAAAGGCAAAAUCCAAAUUACGACGCAAUUCGGGAAGUGUAUUCACAAAUGUUGUACGAGGAUGAGCAUAACGGGAGGACUCUCUCAACACUAACAAGUGAACUUGACAAACUUAUGGUUUUGGAGGUUCAUCGCACAAUCCUGGACUACUGGCAAGGUUAUACCAAUGCUUACAACUCAUUAACAAUGCAAGAGCAUACCCAGAUUAAGCGCAUCUUGCUGCCUAUGACAAAUGAAGCAGGUACUCUCCACACUGCUGUCACACAACAAGAGUUUCAGUUGAGAGAAGUCCCAGAACCAUGUGAGAAUGACUCAGUAGAUGACACAGAACUACAUGCAAUGCAAGAGGCAUUGGAAACUGCCUGGGAUGCAGUGUCAGGGCCCAGAUUCAAGUCGUACCGUGCUCUGACAGUCUCAGAACUCCUCAAACAACUGGAAAAGUAUCAACCAGAGCUGACUUCAUCCAUAGCUCCUGCAAUUGUGUGGAGUGAACGUAGCUCUGGCUAUGUAAUUGCAACUUCAUUCCUCAAAGACCAUGCAGCCUAUCUAUCUGAACUCUCUGAAAUAGACAAGGAGGGAAUUAGGGGAGAAGAGCUUGACUUUGAUUACAUAUGGGAACAAGCUACAGCUUAUGGCCCUCCUCCAGAAUUGAAAUAUCUGGUCUCUUCUUUGGCCACUGCAGCCCUUAGGGCAGCCUCAGCUCAAGACUAUGUUUGGAAUGAAAUUGACCUGAUCCUUGCAGAUCUCACACACUCAUCAGAUCAGAUAAUAUUGACUCAACAACAAUGUCUAGACCUGAAGCGGCUCUCAGCUUUGCUGGAGUCAACCCUUGAUUUCCACACCAAGAUGCUCAAAAGUGCCUUUCAGAGCUUCUUGAGCCAAGCUGAAAGCUCACAUGCCAAAGCUUUACAGUCACUGGACAUGAAAACACACCAGACCUUGCAAGCAGACACAACACCACAGCUGGAAGGGUAUAGAUCUGCUGCACAUCUUUGGCAGGCAGCAACCUCCUUGUAUUUAGCAAGAAGUAGACUUGCAAUUGACCACACAAUGUUUGAAGUUGAAAAGGCACUGAAUCUACUGCCAUUAUUUCAGAGGGCUCUAAGUCAUCUUCAAGAGCAUGGUUCCCUUCCAACACUGAAGGAGCCAAAAGUGGAGACACUCCAGCCUAACCUACAACUGGAGCAAAGGAUAAAUGAUCUUCAGAAAUCAUUGGAAGUGGUGGUUGAUACUGAAAACAAACUUGACAAUAACGACUUGAAACGUCUCACAGUAUCAGCAAUCACGAAUGGCUUGAAAGAGACUGCUUCCAGUACACCUAGUAGGACCAAUGUCACGGCCGUCGAACAACUAUCUUCUGGCAGACCGACGGUCGACGAACCUCGGCUAACUUGA